UUUGCAUUGCAGUGUGGAAGAAUCAUCACAUGAGGACAGUUACCAACUAUUUCAUAGUGAAUCUUUCUCUGGCUGACAUUCUGGUCACAAUUACUUGUCUUCCAGCAACUUUAGUAGUGGACAUCACAGAAACGUGGUUCUUUGGGCAGAGCCUCUGCAAAGUGAUUCCCUACUUACAGACAGUUUCAGUCUCUGUGUCUGUACUAACACUCAGCUGCAUUGCUUUGGAUCGAUGGUAUGCAAUUUGUCACCCUUUGAUGUUUAAAAGCACAGCCAAGCGAGCAAGGAACAGCAUUAUAAUUAUCUGGAUUGUGUCCUGCAUCAUAAUGAUUCCUCAGGCUAUUGUUAUGGAGUGCAGCAGUGUGUUCCCAGGAUUAGCCAAUAAAACCACCUUGUUCACAGUGUGUGAUGAGCACUGGGGAGCCGAGGUUUACCCCAAAAUGUAUCACACAUGCUUUUUUUUGGUGACAUACAUGGCACCACUGUGUCUUAUGGUGUUGGCCUAUUUGCAAAUAUUUCGCAAGCUGUGGUGUCGCCAGAUCCCAGGAACUUCUUCUGUUGUUCAGAAAAAGUGGAAACCUCUGCAGCCCUCAGCACAGCCCCGAGGGCUGGGACAAUCAACCAAGUCAAAGAUUAGUGCUGUGGCAGCUGAAAUAAAACAGAUUCGUGCAAGAAGGAAAACAGCACGUAUGCUAAUGGUUGUCCUCCUGGUUUUUGCACUUUGCUAUCUACCAAUUAGCAUCCUCAAUGUCUUGAAAAGGGUUUUGGGGAUGUUUAAUCAUGCUGACGACAGAGAAACCGUAUAUGCCUGGUUCAUGUUCUCACACUGGCUGGUGUAUGCAAACAGUGCAGCCAAUCCUAUUAUUUAUAACUUCCUCAGUGGGAAAUUUAGAGAAGAAUUUAAAGCAGCAUUUUCCUGUUGCAUCUUUGGCAUUCGCCGCCACCACGACGAACGGUAAGAGGUCGUGCCAGAAAGUCGGAAAUCCUUGACCACCCAGAUCAGCAAUUUUGAGAACGUUUCCAAACUUUCAGAACACGUUGUAUUGACCAACAUAAACACCAUUCCAUCCAAUGAUAUCCCAGCUAUGCUCAGCCCAUUGAAAUCAGUGGAACUGCAUCUCCACAUACCAGGGAUGAACGUGACUUCAAAUUUAGAUGAAGCUGUGAGGGUUUCUGCAGAAGACACUGCCAAUACAGAGAAUGCAGAGUGGGAUAAAUUCGUCCCUAGCAUAACAAAACUUACCUCGAUGGAGUUACAGCAAGGAUGA